AUCAAGGUUUUGUCUCCCUUGUUCCUGUUCCUGCUUCUUGCUCUAGCUCUGCUCUCCAGCAAUUCAGCUCGUGCCUUGGCACACACUUCCAGUGCCUGGAAUACGAGUUGUGAUCCAGCUGCAGUCAAGCCUUUCCCAAAAGUUCAGCCACCCAAACACCCCAGGGUGUUUUUAAUUUGAUGUGAAAAUCCUGGAACUGAAAAGUCACGUCCUGACACCUGGGAGCCUCACAGGCUUGGAAUGACUGGGGAGAAGCUGCUUUGGUUGGCCAUCCCUGAUCUUGCGUGUCCUUUAAAAGGUGCCAGCACUUGCAGUCAAGGCUGGAAGGCUGGGCCUGGAUCUGCUCUGCACCUUUGAGGGAGAUCUGGACCCCUCCUGCCUGACCCCAGGGAGCCAUGGAGGACAAACGGAACAUCCCCAUCAUCGAGUGGGAGCACCUGGACAAAAGGAAAUUCUACGUGUUUGGGAUUUGCAUGACUAUGAUGAUCCGGGUGAGCGUUUACCCCUUCACGCUCAUCCGCACGCGGCUGCAGGUUCAGAAGGGCAAGAGCCUGUACAACGGGACUUUUGAUGCCUUUGUGAAAAUCCUGCGGACAGAAGGGGCGGCCGGGCUCUACCGUGGCUUCUUGGUCAACACCUUCACCCUGAUCUCAGGGCAGUGCUACGUGACCACGUACGAGCUCACUCGGAAGUACGUGUCGCGGUACAACAACAACAACGCCGUCAAGUCCCUGGUGGCCGGUGGCUCGGCCUCCCUGGUGGCCCAGAGCAUCACGGUGCCCAUCGAUGUCAUCUCCCAGCACCUCAUGAUGCAGAGGAAGGGGGAAAGCAUGGGCAGGUUCAAGGUGCAGAACCAGGAUGGCAAGCGUCUGCUGGUCUUUGGCCAAACCAAGGACAUCAUUGUACAGAUUUUCAAGGCUGACGGUUUUAGAGGCUUCUACAGGGGUUAUGUGGCCUCGCUGCUCACUUAUAUUCCCAACAGUGCGGUCUGGUGGCCCUUCUACCACUUCUAUGCUGAACAGCUUUCGAGUUUGACUCCUAAGGACUGUCCCCACCUCCUUCUGCAAGCGAUAUCAGGGCCACUUGCAGCUGCCACAGCUUCCACCCUCACCAACCCCAUGGAUGUGGUGAGGGCUCGGGUCCAGGUGGAAGGCAAGAGCUCCAUCAUUCUCACCUUCAAGCAGCUCAUUGCAGAGGAAGGUCCCUGGGGGCUGACCAAAGGCCUCUCUGCCCGCAUCAUUUCGGCCACUCCUUCCACCAUUGUCAUCGUGGUGGGCUACGAAACGCUGAAGAAGCUGAGCCUGCGCCCAGAGCUGGUGGACUCGAGGCACUGGUAGAGGCAGCUGGUGGAGGAGAACCUUCCUGUGAACUCUGAGUUUGGUCUGGUGCAGGGGAGAGCCUGGGAUGUGUCGCAGCUGCUGUGCCUUUGUCUCUGGCUGGUUUCACAGCACAAGGCAGAUGCAAAAGCAACUGCGCUUCACCUCUUUAGAUUUGAGUGUCAUGCAACGGUCUGCUGCUGGUUUUGCUUAAACUGUGACCUUUGGCAGUGCUCUUUGCCUGGAACAGUCCAUUCAAGGUGUGUGAAUGCAUCCUGGCAAGUUAUUAAUUCCUUUUUUUUUAAAUUAAAGACUUACUGGCUUAAGCAAAAAGCCAAUUUAUUGUCUUUAAAUUAUUUUCAUCUUUGCCAAACUCCCAAGGAGACUCACAGCCUGCAGCAGGACCCUCUGCUGGGAUGUCUCCAGUGGCAGUUGUGCUGUGGGAAGCUGGAAGCAGAAAAUAGACAAGUGACUUUCUCCAAUUACCUGCUUUUAUUUCUAGAAGAUGUGAGACAAGAGUAACCUGGAAUCACUUCAGACCUGAUUUCCUGCGUUUUGAGUAGAUCUACAUACUUGUUUUGUAUAUUCUUGGAAAAUGUUCCCCAUCUCUCAUCCUCCAAACAGCAAGUGGCUGAUAGCAAGUCGGGAGUUGAGCUGGCUGUUUGGAAUUAGCUGAUGGCGGUUUUGACACCUAACUUGUGUUUUUAAUCUGUUGUAAUUUAUUUUUUUUUUUAUUUUAGGGAAGCUUAUUCUGAUUUCUGGAGAACUGAAUGGUUGUCCUGUGGCCUUGUUCAGUGUGUCAAUCCUGCAUGUUCAGAGUGGCUGUGGCCACUUCCCACCUUAGCUAGUUUAAGCCCAGAAAUGCAGUUUAGAAGUGUUUGAUCGUGGUGCUGCCAGCAGCUGGAUGAGAACUCAAUGGGCUUUGAGCUAUAAUUAGAUGGGACGUGAGGAAGGAAAAGCCUUGUGCUGGCUUUUGAUCCGGUUCAAACCUGACAGGCAUGCUUAUAUUGAAUAAGAAGUGGUGGUUCACUUAAUGAGUUUAAAUUCUGCUCAUCCAGUUUGGGAAGGGCAAGGAUAAUGUUUUGCACAAUUGCUGGAUCAGAAGCCUGAGCUAUGCUCUGUGUAUUUUACCAGGUGAAAACUUCAGGGGGAUGAAACCAGAGGCUGCUUUUUGGGGAGGGGAGGGGAGGGAGGGGAUUGUUUGACUGCACUCUGCUGCUCUUGGUGGUUGAGAUUUGCCUUUCAUGCUGCCAGCCCACACGUGGUGCUCAUCUUGGGGGGGGUUUGGGGUGCACCUCCACACAACAGAGUGCACCACCCCAUUCCCCUUCUGCCAUAACCAGGAAUUUUGGUUGAGGUGUUGAUCCUGCUGACCUGUGGCUGUUGCUGGGCUCCACUUGGCUGUCUCUUCCCGAGGGGACUCACCAAGUGUGGCUCUGCUCUUCGUCCCUGCCCAGCAGGCACUGGACAUGCCACCGUGCCUGCUGGAGAUGGAGGGUGCUGAAGCUGCUGCUGAGGAGGGAGAGGCUUCUCUGCUAAGGGCAGAGCUUGAUUCUAAGGGGCAAUGCUGUGAUGGGGCUGUGGGUGAGUCGUCAGAGCCCUCUUCAUCCCAUUUUUGUUUCCUGCAGUGCUCAGAAAAAAGGCACUGGAUGCUGGAGCCACUGGUGGAAUUGUUGGAUCAGCACCUUCUGCACCUGCUCUGCUUCGUGUUUGUUGAUUAAAAGUUGACACCAGUCUGCUCUCACUCUAAUAAUAGAUUUUGCUCUGAAAAGCAGAACAACAGAACCCCAAAUCACAAGGCAGCAGGAUGUUAACACCAAUAUCAACAGGAACAAUAACGAUCAGCCUCUGCCAGGUGCAGCAGGGCCAGUCCCAGUGUGCAGAACAGAGGGGCAGAAGCACCGGUGUGGGGAGACACUGUCAAACUUAAUGUUCCUCUCGUAACCAGCAACGUUCCUUGACAACUAAUAAACGUGAGAGACCUUC